AUGUCGUCUUACCCGUGUGCAAUUUUUCCCGAAGAAAUAGAACCGUUUGUGCAAAGCCUGCGAUCCUACGAUGUUGCGGAAAUCGGAAGCAAAGGUUGGAUGGAACAACAUGAGGUCCUUUUGAAACUGUGUCAGCAAGCCUACAUCGAAGCGUCCACCAAGCAGGGGGAAGUGGUCAAGGAAUAUUUGAUAUUGGAAGGUAAAAUCCCCCUGCUCAUCCAUGAGCUCUUCAGUGUACUCGUGUGGCGGACGAAGGUGUUGCCUCGCUUGUUGGCACUGGAGGACCCGGAGAGCAACUUCCAACUGUACAGCGUAAUUUACCAUGAGGUCAAUAUCGGAUCGAUGCUGGAAACGAUUCUUUACCAUCGGAGCACCUGCGAAGCACUCGGCGGUAACGCACUGGAUCUGAUUGACUACUGCGCCCAGGCGCUUGGCCGUCUGAUGGGACUGCUGGCGAACGGCUAUAAUGACCGUGAGGACGAUCCACCUCCGGAGCAGCUGCUCAACGAGUCGAUGAAGGAGGAAAUUUGUAGGAUGCAGCGUGGAUUAGAUUUUCGCAUCGGUAUGAAGUGUCUCUCGAUAAUUUCCUACCUGGUCGAUGGAUUGAAUCAACUACCGUUGAGUGCCGCAACGCGUUUGGUGCGCGUACACGACUUUCCGUGUUUGAUAGCGGAAAUUCUGCAUUCGAAACCGUGGCUUCGUCGGUCCCGCAGCGGAGUGUUCGAAAAAUUCCGUAAAGACAGUUGGCAGCCGGCCGUUGGUGAAGCGGUGCUGAAGGUUACCGAAACCGAAGCCCAAACGUGGUUCUGCCUGUACAAACUGCUCUUCAACGGUGAGGUGAUGCGGGACUACGAGAUAAACAAUUAUCGACAGCGGGAGAUUGGGAAAUGUGUGGGACUGCUCAAUGAGAACCUUUUGGAUCAGCUUCCGGCUUUGAUUCCACUGAAACAACACCUCUGCACGCUGCAAGUUACGAAAGAAGCAGGUGGAAACCAAACGAUGCGAAAUGAUGCCCUACUACUUGAGGAGCUGCCGGAAGUGCACGAUAAAUUGCUUACCAACGCACGAAGAAUCGGAUGGGAUAACAUUGUUGAACGCCAAAGGGCGAUUUUCAUCGACGUAAAACAGGAAGACGUUCGAGAGAUGGCGAAACGUAUAACCGCUGCUUACAACAUGGACCUGUUGGAAAACUACAUCACCAAAGAGGACGAGGAAGUACGUGUUUCCUUAAAACCAGACGAAGGUGCCGUUGGGGGGAAAGUGUGCGGGAAUUGUGGAGCACCUGCCGCUAAGAAAUGUUCCAAAUGUCUUCUAGUGUUUUACUGUUCACGUGACUGCCAGGUGCAAAACUGGCCGGAACACAAAGAACUUUGUCAUCAGUUUAAACUUGGGUGA